AUGACUGAUCUGUCUUCAACAGGACAAAGGGAUCAGGAUAUUGUACUAAGGGAAAAUCAAGAGGAGGACCCUUUAGCAGACACUGCUUCUCAUGCACUUACAGUACUAGUACAGUUAGAGCAGGGGAAGUCAACAAGACUCCCGGGUGGUGCAGCACUAGAACAGGUCGAGAUACAACAGUUGGAUACCUCUAGGAAUUACUACCCAGUGGAUGACAUUUUGAGGACCAUCAAAGCCAUGAGUGCUAAUAAGCUCAACGUUUUCCAUUGGCACGUUACCGAUUCUCACUCUUUUCCUUUAAUGCUUCCAUCUGAGCCUGCUCUUGCUGAAAAAGGGUCUUAUGGGAAUGACAUGCUCUACUCUCCAGCUGAUGUUGCAACAAUUGUUCGGUUUGGUUUGGAGCAUGGCGUCAGGGUUCUACCGGAAAUUGAUUCUCCAGCACAUACAGGAUCGUGGGCUGAAGCCUAUCCAGAUAUCGUGACUUGCGCAAACAUGUUCUGGUGGCCGGCUGAAAGUGAAUGGGCUGACCGGCUUGCAUCAGAACCAGGAACUGGCCAGCUAAAUCCUUUGAACCCAAAUACCUACCAAGUUCUAAAAAAUGUGAUUGGUGAUGCAGUUGCCUUGUUUCCUGAACGGUUUUUCCAUGCUGGAGGUGAUGAAAUCAUCCCAGGCUGUUGGAAAGCUGACCCGGCCAUUCAGUCCUUCCUAUCCAAAAAUGGAACUCUCAGUCAACUCCUUGAGAAAUUUGUGAACACAACCUUCCCUUACAUUGUGUCCCUCAAUCGCACGGUGGUUUACUGGGAAGAUAUUUUGUUGGAUGCCGAUGUCAAGGUGGAUUCUUCAUUUCUUCCACCUGAGCAUACCAUCCUACAGACAUGGAAUAACGGUCCCAACAACACAAAACUGAUUGUUUCUUCUGGUUACAGAGCUAUUGUCUCAUCCUCAGAGUUUUAUUAUUUGGAUUGUGGCCACGGCGAUUUUCCUGGGAAUGACAGCCAAUAUGAUCCACCACCAACAAGUGAUGACAGUGGCAAUGGUGGAUCAUGGUGUGGACCUUUCAAAACAUGGCAAACCAUAUAUAACUAUGACAUAGCAUAUGGAUUGACCCCGGAGGAGACCAAAUUGGUGCUAGGGGGUGAAGUAGCAUUAUGGUCAGAGCAAGCAGACCCAACAGUUUUGGACGUGCGGAUUUGGCCAAGAGCUUCAGCAAUGGCUGAGACUUUAUGGUCAGGGAACAGAGAUGAGUCAGGAAAGAAGAGAUAUGCAGAGGCAAUGGAUCGUUUAAAUGAGUGGAGACAUAGAAUGGUCAACAAAGGAAUCAGAGCUGAACCACUUCAGCCUCUCUGGUGCAUCAAGAACCCUGGCAUGUGCAACACAGUUCAUUCAAGUGAUUAGAUAAGUGUUGGAUUUUUGUUGACCUUGCAAUUUUAUGAAAUUGAAUGUCCAACUCAGUAUCCAUUUCUGCUAUCAGAACAUAGUUAUGCGGGAUAUGGAUAUGUGUGUGAACUUAUUUAAGAGUUACCGUAAUAAAAUUUAUUUUGAAAUGUUUUUUUUUUCCUUCGAAGACAGAAUGGAUUUUCAAGUUAAUGCUUCUUUGUUUUUUUAGUCUAAUGAUUUUCUUGAUUAGUUUCAUUUAUACCCCCUUCUUAAAUUUUCAACUUUGGAGGGAUAUCAGUAAAUAUAGUGUACUUAAGACGAAUUCAACCCUUUAAUAAAGUUAUUGUCUCCUUUCGCAUUUGCACAUUCACACUGCUAGUUCUUAAGAGAAUGCGUGCAACUCAGUGUUUAAAGUCUUGUCUUCCCUUACUAACCAAAUCUGGAUAACUUUUUGAUGAUUGCUGAUCUUUUCUUUUAUCGUUAUUAGUGAAGGAAAGGUAUGUUUUUCUUUUGAUUUUUUGAAUUCUCUUUCUGUUUUUGUGCCUGUAUUCUGUUACUGAACCAAAUGGAAUAUUUAAACGACUCAUUUCCUUUUGGUCGGAACCAGUUGUGUUAAUUGUCAGUAAGAUGCUUCAGAAUUGCUUUGUGAGUAAUACACUGUAUUUAUGCUCUUGUAAUUGACCUAAUCAAAUGUCUUUCCUUUUUAAACUCCUCUAAGACACCUUCGUCUACUUGAUGUAGCCUGUUCUCUGUUUGGUGUCUUGAGGUUAUAUGCUUAGAAGCAUCAAAGCAACAGCAAAAAUUCAAUCCAGAGAAAAGGAAAAAAAAAAAGAGAUAAAGAAACAAAGUACAGAAGGAAACUUCCUAAGCAGAAACUUCAACAUUCGUAGAUGAAGUUUUGUUGACCUUGUUUCAUUAGAAGCUGUAGAAUAAGUAGAGUUUCUCUGUUAGCUACAAAAGCUAUCCAAUAACUGUUGUCUUUGCUACCUUGUUUACUUUAGUAAAGGUAUUGGAUCCCAGCCUCGCUUUUGGUUUUUCGUUUUUUGUUCCUACUGGUGUAUUGACCAUAUUGACAAUAUGGUAAUUGUGAACUUAAUUUGAAAAAAGGUACAGGUAAUUCUGCUAGUCAUUUUUAAAGUUGUGUAUUAUUUUCUUUUGAAUGAAUUGUCCCUGUGCUUGUAACAAAGAUUUUGCAUUGCUUGUAUUUCUGUUUGAGUGCAGAAUUCAAUAAAGAAGGUUCAGGAAUCAAUGGACAUAAAAGUAUACAUGCAAGGCCCAGCUAGGAAGAAAUUUAAAGCAGUGUCAAUUGUUGCUGUUUUUAAUAGAAUUCAUCCUCAUGUUCCCUAUAAAAUUGAAACAAGUGUAAAGGGAAAUGCUCCAAGUUAGUCUUAUCUCACCUCCUCCGGUUCCAUGAACUCUCCAAGUAUAGCAGCGGCAGCCAUGGCUGCUCUCAUGAUGUUUCUUUUAGUCACUCCACCUUCUGAUGCUGCAAUUUCUUGCAGUGAUGUAAUCAAGGACCUGAGGCCUUGUGUGAACUACCUCAUGAAUGGCACUGGGAAACCACCUGCUGCGUGCUGUUCGGGAAUCUCAUCUAUUCAAGCUGCUGCAUCAACCACGGCUGACAAGCAAUCAGCUUGUAACUGCAUCAAGUCAGCUUCCAAGCAAAUGAACCCAAAGCCCCAGUUAGCACAGGCUCUUCCGGCUAACUGUGGAAUCACCUUGCCUUUCACCGUUUCACCCAAUGUUGAUUGUUCCAAGAUUACUUAGUUGAAAUGGAAAUGCUCUGGUGAAUGCUUUCCGAUCCAUGUGCUCCUAUAUAUUUCGAGUGAAAUAGAAUAGUUGUACCUCAUUUCAUUCAUGUCUGCCUGUGUGUAUGGGAAGCUUCCCCUCCUUUGUUUUAAGCUGGAAUGCCCAGUGCGUUUUCUCCAGUAAAUAAAGAUACCAUUAUUAUUAUGGUUAAAA